UCAUACGUUUACGCGUCACAACUUAAUAAACCUUGCAGUUAACAGUUGCUAUUAAUUUUUAAAUAAAAAUGCCUAGUUACUACGCUAUCGACUGCGAGAUGGUUCAGAAUAACCUGAACCAGAGCAUGCUCGCAAGAGUAUCCCUUGUCGACGAAGAUUUGAGGGUAAUUAUGGACGAAUAUGUGAAACCUACUCAUCCUGUAUCGGACUACCGGACCUGGAUAUCUGGAAUACAGCCUGGAUAUGAACGGAACGCUAAACCGAAAAGUGAAGUUAUUAAUCGUUUGGGGAAUAUUAUCAACGGGAACGUGCUUGUUGGGUUUGACAUUCAGAAAGACCUGGAUGCUUUGGGAAUAACUUACCCGAAUGUAAAGGACGUAGCGACAUACCAGCCUCUCCUGAAAUUCGGCCAAAAGCAGUCGCUUAAGACUUUGGCCUUAAAUGAGCUCGGUUUAAACAUACAAAAUGGAUCUCACGACUCCAUUGAAGAUGCGAGAGCCGUUAUGAAGAUUUACAAGAGACAUCGCUUCUAAGUGUCUUACAAAAUCCAAAACUUUUUGUUUGUACAACUUUUUUCGUUUUAUAUUCAGAAAAUAAAUGCAUCUUUAAAUUA